AUGGCCGGUGGCGGUCCAGCAGCUAAGAGGGUAGUGGUGUACCGGAAUGGGGACCCCUUCUCCCCAGGCCGCCCGCUGGUGGUGACUCAACGCCGCUUCCCCACCCUGGAGACCUUCCUCUCGGAGGUGACCUCGGCUGUGCAGGCCCCAGUGGCCGUGCGUGCUCUCUACACCCCUUGUCAUGGCCACCCUGUCACCGACCUGGCAGACCUGCAGAACGGAGGGCUGUAUGUGGCUGCUGGCUUCGAACAUUUCCACAGGCUCCCCUAUUUACCCCCUGGAGGGAAGGAUCCAGGUGGGAAGAGCAGCAGAUUGGCAGGUCCUCCAGUGACUCGGCAGCUGUGUGAUGGGGCCCUUGGACGGCAGCUACCUGCAGGUUCCCCCUGCUACAUCCAUGUGUUCAGGAAUGGGGACCUGUCAAGUCCUCCAUUCAGCCUGAAGCUGUCCCAGGCCGCCAGCGAGGACUGGGAAGCACUGUUGAAGCUCCUGACGAAGAAGGUGAAAUUACAGAGCGGGGCUGUGCACAAGCUCUGCACCCUGGACGGGCUCCCACUGUCAGCAAGGGAGGCUCUGGUGAACGGCCAUUACUAUGUGGCCGUUGGAGAGGAUGAGUUCAAGGCCCUCCCCUAUCUGGAGCUGCUGGUGCCCAGUUCCUCACUGCCCGGGGGCUGCUGGCGUCCCCCAGAUCCAAAGUCCAAGCCCCACAAGCAGGUGGCCCAGGGCCAUAGAGCACAGGCAAGCCAGUCCUCUCCAAACGAAGCCAGACAAAUCAAGCCAUCUGCUUUCUAUGCCAGACCCCAACGAGCUAUUGAGCCAAGAAGUAUGUUCCCCACACUCUCAUUUCCAUCAGGAACCAAGGGAGUGUAUGGGGCUCCCCACCCAAGGAAGGAGAUGGCAGGGGCCCAGGAAGUAGCAGAUGAUGAAGACACCCAGACAGAGAAGCCCUUGGAUCAGCGGGCAGCACAGAUAGUGGAAGAGGCCCUGUUCCUGGAAGACCAGCCUGGGGCUGGGGCAGCUAUCUCAGCCUGA